UGCAAAACUAAUAUAAUAUUUUAUUAUCAAAAAAAUAUAUAUUAAAAUGUCGAGGGAGUCUGGUAGACGGUCCGUGGAUAUGGGCGACGUCAACCGAAGAUUGAGUAAAGGCAAAGCUAAAGCCACCUCCGACGGUUCGACCUCACGCAGACACGGUUCUCGAGGAAGACACUCCGUCUCUUCGUUUCCUACUGUCCCAGAUCAUUUAAUCGGGGAUGCUAUGACGGAUGAAGAAUUCAACCAGAUUUAUUCUGGUAGAGGAGACGCGAAUCUCCCCACUCUUGAUAGUCUAUUCGAGGAUGUUGAUGAAGCAGGACUGGAUAAUCUUGACGGGGACGAUGAGCCUACACCGCAAAGCAACGACGUCGACCUUGAGGCAGGUGUGCCCGAGACCUCUCGAGGUCCGGACAAAGGGACUACAAGCUAUGGGCGGAGUUUUGACAAAUAUUAAAGAAGAAGUUUUUAAUAACGCAACUCUUACUUUUUCUCAUGUUUACCAACCAACUACAAAUACAUUUUUUAAAGAGUGCAUUACAAUCGCAACAUGUUUUCGUGAAAGUAUGGCUGAUCCAGAUUUGUACCCUUAUGUCUCUCCUAUGAGAGAUAAAUGGUGUACUUAUUAUUUGUACAUUCCUGAUAUUUAUAAAAUAGGUAUUAUUUGCGAUCCACGAUUUAAGAUUGAAAAUUUUAAAAUUCUAAUUGAGUAUUACUACAGUUGUUUUUUAGAUAAAAAUAGUUAUUACUACAGCUAUUUAGUAGAAUGGAAAAAUGAAAGAGAUAAUGCUAUAACUCUUUUUGAGGAUUUGUUUAAGGAAUAUCAAGGGUUAUACGGUACUGUACAAGAAGAAACAGCACCACCUCCGCCCCCGAAAUCAAAAAAAGGUUUUGCC